AAAAACAAAAGGAAAAAAAAACAAAAGGAAAAAGGUCUCUGUCUCACCGUUGGCAAGCGUAGUUCGGCGGCAGAGGAGGAGCUUCAGAGGCGGCGAGAAAAGGCUGGAUUCUGAGGUCUCAUCUCACUGCUCUCCGUGAUCUGUUCGUGGUGGUGGUGUUCCGGCGAGAUGCCGACGAUUCGGUACGAGAUAAGGAACGAGUACGGGCUGGCGGAUCCGGAGCUCCACCGGGCCGCUGACAAGGAUGACCCCGAGGCCAUCCUCGAAGGGGUCGCCAUGUCUGGCUUCGCUGGCGUACUGCGACAGCUCGGGGAUCUCGCGGAGUUUGCUGCAGAAAUAUUUCACGACUUGCAUGAAGAGGUCAUGGGUACUGCUGUUAGAGGGCAUGGGUUGAUGCUUCAAGUCCAGCAACUUGAAGCAGAUUUCCCAGCAGUUGAGAAGGCUAUUUUCUCUCAGUCUAGUCAUUCAGGGUUUUCAUACAGCAAUGCAGGUAUUGAUUGGCACUCUAACUUUCAUCUGGAUCAGAACAUCAUCACUCAAGGGGAUAUGUCACGUUUUAUCUUGGAUUCUUAUGAAGAAUGCCGUGGCCCACCUCGGUUAUUCAUACUAGAUAAGUUUGAUACUGCUGGUGCAGGAGCUUGUUUGAAGAGGUACUCAGAUCCAUCUUUCUUUAAAACAGAAUUAGUUUCCUCUAGCUUGAUGGAAGCAGAGAAACCAAGAGAGAAAAAACCUCGGAGGACUAGGACUGAUAAAACGCUAGAAUUUUUAUUGUCACCACGUGCAAAUACUGAUUCAAAGCCAGCAAGUUCAGUUCAGGUGGCUGAUAAGUCUGCUACCAGAUUUGUGAGGUUGAAAUCAAGGAAUUUGGAUGAUACCAAUGAAAGUAAAUUGAGUGGCUUAAGGAAGCAUCUUCUUCAACUGCAUUUGGAUGAGCAGAAAAUUGCUUUCGACAGUUCUCAAAGUUCUUCAAAUUUAAAUUCAAAUCUAAUUGAUUCAAGUGUACCAACUUCUCUCACACGCGAUACAGCUAUGAAUAUGUCAGAAAAUCAUUCUCUAGUAGGAGAUUCAUGUCCUACCAUGAACAGUAAAGAAGAAUCGACUAGGAUCACUGCAUAUGAACUAGAUGGCCAGAAGGCGGAAGCUAAAGAACUUUCAGAAUCAGUGCAUAGGCCAAUAGUGGGCGUACCUUAUACUCAGAGAGGAUAUAAUCUUGUGGACAGUAGGGAAAACUCAGCUGAUUCUGACAUUAAGUCAGAAAGCAGUGCCUAUGACAAUGAACUUAGUGAUAUAGUGAGAAGCACAUCUCAGAGGGUGGCAGAUCAUAAGUUAGUGAGGGCUGAACUUCAGUUAGAAGGCAGUACUGAUGGCUACAGGACUGAAGACAUUGGUAGUGAGCAAGAAAAUUUCAUGGAUACGCCCAACAGCAUGGAAUCAGAAGUUGAAACACAUUUAAUAAAUAAAGGUGUACCAGAUAUUGGUGCUUUGAAAAAGGAAGGUCAGGAGAUAGACACUUACAAUAGUGAAAGAGUAGAGGAGAUGCUCACUCAGAUAUCCGAACCUGAUUAUACUGGGCCAGUAAGAUCUAACAUUAUGCUAAUCAGUGGAAUGACAAAUCAUACUAGUAACCUAGAUGAAGUAUUUACAAAUCAAGAAGCAGAGGAUACCCAGGAGCCUACUUUGCCACAUGGUGAGGUUGCUAACUCUGCUGAUUUAGUCUCUGAUGAAGCCAGCAAUAUGGAGACAUUUGAUGAUCCCACCACGUUGCAACCAAAAGAAAUCAUAAAUGAAAACUGGGAUUCUUAUGAUACUUGCCCUGUUUCUGAUUUCAUAAAUAUUAAUCCUGAAGAAAGUUCUGCACCCUGUUUAAUUCCUGGUAACAAAAGUACCUCAGCCAGUAACGAUGCCCAAUUAGAAUCUGAUGAGAUUGCCAAAUGCUUCAAUGGUCCACCUUAUCAAGAUCCAUGUUUAUUUGAGAGAACUCGUCCAGAAGAUCAUGUGGAUGAAGACAUACAUAUAGUUGAUCAGCUUUCCUGUCCAUUAACUAGAAGCACUUUGGUGGAGGACCUUGAGAGUGAAGAUUCAUUCUCCAUGACCACAAUAGAAGAGAUACAAGUUCCAGUGGAUCAAGAAAUAAAAAUUUUUGCCUCCAAAGAUGCAGCAAACAGUUCAAUUCGAAGAAGCAUCUUGCCAGUUGCCUCAGAUUUUGUCCCUGACAUCUACAAGGAUGCUUUACAUUGUGGCGAAUUAUUAGCAGAUGUGGACGACUUUCAUCAUCCUGAAGAACUACUGAGUGAUGCAUCUAUUUGUGUGGAAGGAACUGAUGAUCUAGCACAAUACCAUAGUACUGAAAACUCUAUUAUUGGAUGUGACUCUGUGCUGCUAAUUUCAGAAGAGGCAAAAUCCAGUCUGGUCUUGUCUGAUGAAAUUUCCAAAACAAAGCAGGAGAACGUUGUUUUAAAAGAUUCUCUUCCAUAUGAUGAAGUUCUCCUUCAAACCUCAACUACAAACAUAGGAAAUUCCCCAGAGACAGUGAAUCAACAUGCAGAAACAUGCCCAACCCAAAACAUAUCACCUCUGGCUCAUGUUAUUUCCACCAUCAGCAUUGCGGAUUGUGCAACAGAAAUACAAUCUGUGCUUGCAAUCGAAAACAUAAAAGUUAGCAUUGAGAAUGGUGAUGGGAUAGAAAGCAAUUUCUCGAUGCCCACAAUAUUGCAACCCCAGUUUGACUAUUUUUCGGGCACAGAGGAACCCUUGGAAUCUCCCAAGAUGAACUUGGGUGAGGAAUUCCAAAAGUCCUUCGAGGGGAACAAUGAAGAGAAGACACCUUUAUGUUCUUCUAGAGAAAUAUUUUCCGAGAGUGUCAGUAAUUCCAUCAUGCUUGAUGAUAAUUUAAAAUUCUCAAAGAACUUUUAUCUAGACCGAUUGCAGGAUGCUGUUGGAAUGCCUGAACAACGUACUGUUCACAAAAACUUGACAGAUGAAACUUUUGCAUCCAAUGAUGAAGCUAAUAACAAAGAACCUUACUUGGUUCAUACAGAAGAAGCACUAGACCAGCAUCUGCAGUUGCUAGAAGAUAGUAAUGAUCUCGCAUCCUUUUAUGAGCAUCAACCAAUUAACCAUGAAAUGCAUCCUUUGAACACGGUGGAAUCUUUAAGUUCUCAAAGCACUUUGAACAUGGAAGAUUCUCCAGGAUUAGACCCAACUGCUUCAUGCUCUGGUUUGCCUGUGAAUAAUUCAUCUAAUGCAAAUGAUACUUGGUUACUUGGUGAUAUUCAUGAAACUAUGCCGGGUGGCCAUGUCAAAGCAUAUCCUGUUCUUGAUGAUCCAUAUCUAAAUUAUCGUGCUCAAAGUGAACAUUCUGAUUCAAAGUGUAUAGCGCAAGGUGAACAUGAAAGUGUACAAGGAGAUAUGCCCCUGCCAACCAACUCAAUCUUUGAUUUUGUAAGUUUAUCUGAAGAAAUUUCUGCCAUUCCAACUGGCAAUGGAGAUGUCUCUACCUUGCAAGCUAGCGAAGGAGGUGUCUCUACCGUGCAAAUUAGCAAUGGAGAUGUCUCUUCCUCUCAAACUAGCAAAGAAAUUGCAUCUGCCUCUCAAGCUAGCAAUGAAGUCAUCUCUAGCUUACAAAUUAGUGACCAAGAAUUCUAUUAUUUGCAAGAUAGAAAAGAACUCUAUGAAGCUAACAAUUUUGAUGUCUCUACCUUACAAGCUAGUAAUGAAGAAAUAUCUACCCCACAAACUAGCAAAGAAGUUGUCUCUAUCUUCCAAGCUAGCAAUGAAGAAGUUUCGCCUUUACAAGUUUGCAAUGCAGAAUUCUCUAACUCACAAGCAAGAAAUGCACAUUACUCUACCUUAGAAGCUAGCAAUAAAGAAUCAGGAUCCUUACAUCAAAAAGGUGAAUGCCUUGAACUGGAAAUUCCAAUUCAUUAUAUUGAAUUGGAAGAUAAACCAUCAGAAGGACCUGAACCAAAUUUUCACGCCUUAACAAACAAUGUGUUACUCCAUAUGCCAGCAUCAAAUUCGGAUGAGAAUGCAAAAAUGGAUUCACAGGCUCAUGUUUCAUCUGAGUGGAAUUCAGAAAUUUCUGCACACCAUGCGACUUACGAUAUCUCUGAUAUGGCAUUCUAUCCCUUGUCAGGCUCCGAUGUGAGUGCUUUUGAGAGUACAUCCAGAAUAUCACACCAGUCUCAGGAAGGCAACUCAAAUUCUUCCUUCCCUUCCCAGAAUCAUGAAGAAACACCACCCUCACCCCCACUUCCACCUCUUGAAUGGAGAUCUCAGAAGCUGUCUUCUCUGUUGCCCAACCAAAAUCCAAUUCUAGCUUUACCUAGGGGAGACUUUUUUAUGUCAUCAUCAGACAGCACUCCAGAAAAUCCAUAUCUUUGUUAUUCCAACGAUAGGCAUCUAUAUUUGGAGAACGAAGUGGUUCAGUCUCAGAGCCCUUUCUUGGUUGAAACUAGCAACUUGGACGAUAACCAUCAUAUUCUGUCACUCUCUUCGGGGCUAGACAUGCCCCAGCAUGGCUAUGUGUAUUCUUUGGAAAGGAUCCAGCCAACUUUAUUUGCUUUUGUACCUACCAAAGAAGGUGAAAUGUUUGGUAUUAACCCUCGUUCCAUUCGUAAUCGCCCUAGAAAUCCAUUGAUUGAUGCUGUUGUUGCUCAUGAUAGAAGCAAGUUGAGAAAGGUGUUAGAGGUGGCUAGGCCUUCUGAUGAGUACAAGGCAGAUCAAAUGGAUGCAUUACUAGAGUCCAAUAUUUUGCAGUUGAGGAAGGUAUCGGAGCUCGCUAGGCCUUCUGACAAACCUAAAUCAGAGGAGAAAGAUGCAUUAUUAGAGCAGAUAAGAAACAAGUCAUACAGUCUGAAGCCAGCAACUGUUCUUUGGAAGCCAAGCCACAAGAGUGAUUCAAGAAACAUUAGAGUUGUGGCCAUCUUAGAGAAAGCAAAUGCAGUUCGCCAGGCAAUGGUCGGAAGCGACGAAGAUGAUUGUGAAGAUAAUUGGAGUGACUGCUGAAGUGUCGAGCACAAAUUAGUUUGUGAUAAAUUUAAAGCUGUCCCAACUCUGACUAAGCCAAAAAAAGAAGAAGAAAAAGUGCAGUGCAGACACGAAGGCCACUUGUAAUAUAAGCAUUGUGUACAGUGCGUUCUCUUUUUCAACCCUUGUUCGGUUUGUAUUCUAUUAAGGUUGAAUUCUGUUUGAUUGUAUCAUGUAACAUAUCUAUCUAGAGCAAUAGGCCCUUGUUCAAAAUGUAGAGGAAACACGUUUUCUUGUGUUGAUAGAUCUUCUGGCUUGAACAUUCUAAAUGUUGGUCCAAAAGACCAAAUCUUUGAGUAUGACUUAUGAUCCAUCGGUGUAAGCGUAAGGGCCAUGUUUGAUUCAUGUAAUG